CCCCCAGGGGGGGUCAUGCAAAUUCCUUCCACACCGACAUUGCCUCUUGUUGUGAUUCAGUCUCGGUUUGAAAUCACUCUGGCACACGAUGAGGUGAGGGAACAGGCUGUAUAUGUUACGAAACUACUUCUUAAAGAUACAAGGAACUUUAUUCUUCAUGCAUUUGUUUACUUUCAGGACAAUACUGAUUGGGAUUUCUCGUGGAGCAUAUUCACACGCAGUUUCUUUUGGAUGUUAUCACAGAUUCUCAAGACUGUCUUUCGAACCAAGUCAACAGGGCAAUCUAGUGACAAUACUUACAUCCCAAUGGAUAACUUGAUGUUAUCAGAUGAUUCUGUUGACAUAUCUACUGAAACUGCAAGUCCGGUAAGUAACAGACACGCGGACUUUGCUAUAGGUGCUAGAAUAGAUCAGAGUAUUUUUGAGGAUGACGAGGAUGUUUUGGUCUCGUCAGACCAUAAUGAUUACAUUGAUGAGGAACUCCAAAGUCCUGUUCAUAUUAGGCGAAAGCCUGCCUAUGACAAGGAUAUGUGGUGGAAGGCAUCGGAAAUGGAAGGUCUUGGACAAUAUGACGACUUUCAUACUAUAGAUUGGUGCAGAGACAAGGCAAGAGACAAAAUGAGAUUCCGUCAAAUGAAGAAAAUGAAAAUGACUGGAUCAUGGCUUGAGAAACUAAAGGGUUUCCACGAUGCAUGGUCUGGUUGGCUGGUUGUUUUUAUAGUUGGUGUUUUGACUGGUUUUGCAGCUGGAGUAAUUGAUAUUGGUGCAGACUGGAUGUCAGAUAUCAAAGAAGGUUUUUGCACGGAUCAGUUCUGGUUCAAUAAAGAAGCCUGCUGCUGGACAGUCAGUAGCAAGUUUGGAAUUGAAGCUGGUUGUCCCCAGUGGAAGUCCUGGUCUAGUGUACUGGGUUUGGCCCAAGAUAGCUACAUCCUCAACUACUUUUUCUAUGUCCUUUUUGCUUUCCUGUUUGCAUUUAUGACUGUUGUAUUGGUAAUGUUCUUUGCACCAUAUGCUUGUGGAAGUGGAAUACCAGAGAUCAAGACAAUAUUGGGUGGAUUUAUAAUAAAAGGCUACCUUGGAUAUUGGACUUUAGUUAUAAAGACAGUGACUUUGAUCUUAGCAGUCUCUUCUGGACUCAGUCUUGGAAAAGAGGGCCCACUUGUUCAUGUUGCAUGUUGUAUUGGCAAUGUUUUAGUAAGGCUUUUUCCAAAGUAUAAUUCAAAUGAAGCAAAGAAAAGAGAGGUCAUAUCAGCCUCAGCUGCUGCUGGUGUUUCAGUUGCUUUUGGUGCUCCAAUUGGCGGUGUGCUUUUCAGCUUGGAGGAGGUAAGUUACUACUUCCCGAUGAAGACACUAUGGAGGACAUUCUUUUGCGCCCUCAUGGCAGCAUUGACUCUGGGAUACAUGAAUCCAUAUGGAAAUGGACGUCUUGUGAUGUUCUAUGUUCAGUACAAUACGCCAUGGAAGAUAUUUGAACUGGUUCCUUUCAUUGUUCUUGGAAUCUUUGGGGGUCUUGUUGGAGCUUUGUUUAUUAAAUGUAACCUUUACUGGUCAAAACUACGCAAGACAACCAUCCUUGGAAAAUAUCCGAUCACUGAAGUUCUCUCCGUGGCUGUAAUAACUGCAUUAUUUGCAUAUCCAAACGAAUACACAAGGCUUAGCUCAAGUCGACUGAUAUACCAGUUAUUUCGACGAUGUGGACCAGAAGACGGCUCAGCUUUAUGUGACUAUGUCCUGAAGCCAAAUACAACCCUGAAUAUCAACAAUGAUAUUUAUCCUCACUCUGAAGCCGGGCCUGGCGUCAUUGAUGCCCUUUGGAAGCUUACACUUGCUAUGAUCUUCAAGACCCUCAUUACGAUAUUCACGUUUGGAAUGAAGGUUCCUGCGGGGUUGUUUAUACCAAGUCUAGCCAUCGGAGCAUGCGCUGGCAGGAUCGUUGGCGUUGGUAUGGAGCAGCUAACAUAUUCUUAUCUUGAUUCGCCGUUCUUCAAUGAAUGUGAUCGUUCUUUGCAACGAUGUGUGACUCCUGGCCUUUAUGCAAUGGUUGGAGCUGCAGCAGUGUUAGGUGGAGUCACCAGAAUGACAGUUUCACUUGUAGUCAUUAUGUUCGAACUCACUGGUGGACUUACCUACAUUGUACCAUUGAUGGUUGCUAUAAUGACAAGUAAAUGGGUUGGCGACGCCAUCAUUAAAGAGGGAAUAUAUGAUGGACACAUCCAUCUUAACGGAUACCCGUUCUUGGAUCACAAAGAGGAGUUUACUCACACCACUCUCGCAUCUGAUGUCAUGCGACCGAGGAGAGGCUCAGUACCCUUGAAGUGUAUUCCAAAGUCUGGGUUAACCAUCGGUGAUCUAGAGAAUUUGCUGGAGGAAACAGCCUUUAAUGGUUUUCCGUUGAUUGUUGAUUCGAGCUCACAAAUUCUUUGUGGAUUCAUAUCAAGAAGAGACCUCAAACUCGUAUUAAAACAUGUGCGAACUUUGAACGAAAACACGGUCACUGCAUCGCCGGUUUACUUUGGUAGAAAUCCGCCCGGAGAACUAAGCCCAAGUGGACCGGCUCCUGUUAGCCUCAGGCACAUAGUUGAUGUGAGCCCCUUUACAGUGACUGAUUCCACGCCAAUGGAAACUGUAACAGACAUGUUCCGCAAGUUAGGUUUACGCCAAGUGCUAGCAAUGCACAAUGGAAAACUACUCGGUAUCAUAACGAAAAAAGAUGUACUACGUCAUAUUGCACAACUGUCAAAUAUGGACCCAAAAUCAAUUCUUUUCAAUUAGGUUAUUACUGCUUCAUUCCAAUAAGUCGAAGACACUCUUUGCUUGUCAAUUUUUAUUACUGUCAUAAUAAUUUUAUUAUCCAAGCCGAAUUUUAAAUUAGAAAAUUGUACAGUAAGCUUAGGAUAGCAUAUGAAGUUAAGCAUGAAUACAACAUCUAACAUUAUCUUAUUUCGUUUGGAGAUAGCCUAUUAACUAUUAGAGCAUAUAUUGAAUUAUUUUGUAAUUUCGAAAAAGACGAUACUGCUGCAAACCUUCUUGAUGAACACCCUGUUUAUACUGGCUCAGCACAAUACGAUUGAUAGAUCCCUAGUGAGGUACCCACAUCACCCUGAGGCAAAAUGAUAAUUAACUUUCUUUGUCCAGCUAAAACAAACAUUUGUCAUUUCCGCAGGUGAAGUUUUCUUGGAUAUUUUACUGGAAGACUGUCCCCAAAAUUGGUUUCCUGUCCUUGUAGACGUUUCGAACAGGAAUGUUUACAUCUCACAAGAGUUCAGUCAUUUUACCCUCCGACAAAGAAACGAAUAAAUCUUUGUCUGAGGUCAUCCUAAUCUUUAUGUUUCGAAAUUAUUUUCUAAGUUUAUUUAUUCUCAUGAAAUGCAGCAGCCGGAAAAUGAAAUGGCCAACAGCCUUAAAAAUGACUUACUGCUGCCUGAAGCAUCCUGGAAACAAAGGCGUGUUGGUUUGUUGACAACAGCCCUUGGUAGCAUUCACUCAUUCUGUUGCCACUUUGCUCAAGUGAAUCAGUAGUUAUUAUGUAACAUAUGCUUCUAAUAAAUUUAUAAUGAAAUACCUCAUGUAAAUAAUUGUUUGACCAACGAAGUUAUCGUUUGUCUCUACGUCAUGUAAUUGUGGGUUGGUAAUUUAUACAUUCAUGUCUGGUUUUCCCUUGUUUUUGUGGCGGUUGGCUACCACAUACUUUUAUUAUCGGAAUUCUGUACAGUAUGUUAUUAUUUUUAUGGUGGUGUGUUCCUUGUUACGCCCUUUGUUACUCAUCGAUCGAUGAAAGAUGAUUGCCCUACUCUGUUAUAUUUUAUACCCUCCUCAAUGUUAUUUGUGUCCUAUUCUGUUAUAUUUUCUACUCUAUUCAAUCUUAUUUUGUGCCCUUUUUGUUAUAUUUUGUAUCGUACUCUGUUAUGAACAAUGAGCAUGGACAGUAUUAUGAGAUAAGUUUUGAAUUAUUGCCAAACAUUUCACUGCCAUAAGGUUUACGACAACCAAGGUCUCCUAGAUAGAAGAUGCAUGCCCAAGAGGUAACCCCUUGAGUUCUUAGCUGAGGUCAAAGGACCCCUAAACAUUAAAUCCCUUUUUGGAGACUCCAAGCAAAAACUUUUUAGCGAAAGUAUGUUUUGAGAAUCAUCAAGAAUGUACCAAAGGUUUUGCAAAAAAGGAAAGUUUUUUAUUUUUUUCAGGUUGUGUUCAUAUAUUCUGAAUAAUGGUAACUCUAUGUAUAAAUUUUCGUAGAACAUUCAAAUUUAUAAGAAGAAUGAUUUAAAGUAAUAUUAAUAUCGUGUACGGGCUGAUAAUUUGCAUGGUUAAUCGAAACAGA